AUGUCCGUCGUCCAUCUCCAGGCCGUCGAGAUUCUCAACGCAAGCGCUGCAUUUGCAGACCCGUACAUCUUCAAGAUCACUUUCGAGUGCAUCUCGCCUCUCAGCGAAGACCUCGAAUGGAAGCUCAUCUACGUCGGCUCGGCUGAAGAUGAAAAGUACGACCAGGAGCUGGACAACUGUCUCGUCGGCCCGGUCCCGACGGGCACUAACAGCUUUGAGUUCGAGGCUGCAGCACCAGGGGCGGACAAGAUCCCUGCAGAGGACCUACUGGGCGUGACGGUCAUCUUGUUGACGGGGAGCUAUAGGGAUCAAGAGUUCAUUCGCGUGGGCUACUACGUGAAUAAUGAGUAUGAGACGUUGGAGGAGAGGGAGAAUCCACCAGAGAAGGUCGACCUCACUCGCGUUCGUAGGGAGGUCCUCGUCAGCAAGCCCAGGGUGACCAGGUUCAACAUCAAGUGGUGA